AAAUUGGGAUUGGACUGGGACUGGGAAGUUGGAGUCUAUCUCCUUCUUUGGGACAACUCUGUACGGUUUACCUGCUUCGAAUAACAUUCAGUUUUCUUUACUUUGUUCUUAAUUCUCUGUGAUUGAUUCUGGAAUUGUGUAAGUUCUAUCAUUGGUAUCACAGCCUUACUUCCUGGAGACGGAGAAUCUGAAGCAUGGAGGAGGAUUUCUACAUGACACCUCAAAUGGAAGAGAGUUUUGUUAAUAUUGACCGACUAAUGAGGGAGUCAAACGCUAGGUUAGCGACGAUGAUGGCUGAAAUGCAAGCGACGAUGCAAGCUGGCAUCGCAGAAUUGCAGAACCGACUUAAAAAUUGUUCGCGGAAUCGAUCGCACAAAUCGCAUAGGUCACAUCGCGACUCUCUUCAUCGACGUACGCAACAUCCGAUUGACUCAGAGGAAUCGGAAGAACAGAGUCUUCGCAAAAGACCUGGAGAUCGAUCGAGGAACUUCAGCCAUGAGCCGCUAUCACCAACGGAUUCACAGAUGAAAUCGCGAACUUCUCAUAUUUCGCAGUCACGAACCUCAUCUUCCAGUUCGCGAUCGCGAACUACUUAUUUUGGCUCGCACUCGCGAACUUCCGAUCACUAUUCACAGAGGCGAACAGUUUCUCUUUACUCGCAGACUGACUCCUCAGAUAUCAAUAUGCGUUCAAGAAAGAAGCUAGGGAGUGGAGAAUCAUCAUAUUCGUCUCCAAAGGAUUCUCACAGUUCACCUUCCUCGUCAAAAGUCAAUUCUCGGAAAUCUGCUAUUUCAAAGAAGGAGGAAUUACCUCUAUUCUACGAGCAUGAAGCAUAUGAAUGGAUUGUGACGAUGGAAAGAUAUUUCCAAGUCCAAGCUAUUGCAGAAAGAUUUAAAGUGGACGUGGCAGCGAAGGCUAUGGGGGAAGAAGCAGAUGACUGGUUUCAUUGGUGGGAUUUUCAUAAGAGAGAAGAUAGUAGGAAUGCUCUAAAGGAAGACUUGAUUAGGGAUUUUCCACCUAAACACCGGCAGAAGACAGGGAGGACAGAAAAACAGGUAUCAUCAAGGUCACCAACAACUUCUAGUAGUUUGCAAGUUUCUCACCCUGAACAUGAUAUUGCCCAGUCAAUAAAGAAGACACAGAUGGAACUAACUGAACCUGUAAUCAUGCAAAUGAAUAUGAAAGAUGAAAUCAAGGACGUAAUUAAGGAGAAGACGGGGUUUGAGGAAAUCACAGUGAAUGGGUUUGGGGAAAAGAAGCAGACAACUGCUUAUACAUGGAAUCCUCUGCAGAAGACACUGACUAGAAGAAUUCAUCCAGAAUGGUUUCAAAAGUUAAUCAUACUAAUGAUUAGCAUUAAACUGGUAGGCACUGUUUUGAAGUUCAGAGAUGAAGACAGGAAGGAAUGGAAGGAAAAAGGAGGUUAUACGAGCAAACCUCAGCAGUGGAAUGAUGAGUAUAGUAAGUAUAAAUAUACUUAUGAGGCCAUAACAGCUGCUGUGCAACUUUCAGCUAGAGACAAGAGUGAUAGAUAUCUUCCAGAUACAUCCAUUGAUUUUAUUGAUAAGGUUGGGUUGAUGAAGUCUAUCUUGAAGCCUGAUUUUAAAGUUGAUCAGCUUUCGGUUCUGGAUGUGGAAGGCUGCAAUGUGGUAUUUUCUGCAAUUCGGGACUCCUCUGAUUCUGUACUGAGAUGGACUGAUGAGUCUGCUCUUGGUAGCAAUAUUGAAGGACAUGUUCAUAAAAUACAGGAGUUUGGGGCGGUCAUCACUUUUAAGAAUCGGGAAACCAAUAUGUUCUUGAGUAUUCUGACCGAAGUUCAUCAGGAACCAGUCCCUGAAGCUCAUUCUGUUGCUGCAAGAGCUAUUGGCUCUCUUAUAAGGGAAAGGAAAGAAGAAAACUUCCCAGACUUGGGACUUUGGCGGUUGGAGAAUCUGACAUCGCAUGGCAGUACUGUGGUGCACAACUUAAUUUGCAUAAGGCUUGUUGUAGACAGUGAAUUGAGUAAUUUGAGCAACCUCAAAUCUGCAUCCAACUCACUGAUGACUCCAGAAGUAAGAGUCCUUGAGGAGUUUUUUGAAAAAGAGGAAUUAAUUGUAGCCAGUAAGUGCUUGAAGGCCACUGCAACAAAUGAAACUGCACUCGACAUAUCUUCUGCAGCCGCAACAUCUGUGAUUUUGGAGGUACAAGUACUGAAGCUUCUGAUUCAACAAACUGCGAGAUAUUGGGAAGGAAGAGGAGCUCGGAUGAAGAAGAAGUUGAAGGUCAACAAGGCUGUUUCCUAUCACCCACCUUGAGGACAAGGUGAUUGUUCAAGGGGGGAGAUAUGAUAGGGACAUAGACAGCCUAUAAUAAUAAGAAUAAUAGAAUUAUUAUAAAUAAUGUAAUAGUGUACAAAUAAGGUUGUUGGGCCAUUUAUGUUACGAUUGUGGGCCAGCCCUUGAGGGUAGCCUUAUUAUAAGAGUGGGAAGUGGGGAAAGAGAGGGGAGGGAGAAAUUGGGAUUGGACUGGGACUAUGAAGUUGGAGUCUAUCUCCUUCUUUGGGACAACUCUGUACGGUUUACCUGCUUUGAAUAACAUUCAGUUUUCUUUACUUUGUUCUUAAUUCUCUGUGAUUGAUUCUGGAAUUGCG